AUGCGCAGUUCUUUCUCCAUCAAGGCCGCGAGCCUUGCUCUUCUGUCUCUCGCCAAUGCUCAGGACGUGUCUGAGAAUUUGGCUAGUGCUAUUGCCGACUACGAUUCUCUCUCCCUUUUCCGUUCUCUGCUGGGCGCGGCUCCCCAGGUGUUGGUUGAGACCCUCUCUAGCCAGGGCACCAAUGUUACCGUUUUAAUUCCUACCAAUAAUGCAAUCAAGAGCUAUCUCAAAGAUUCUGGCAUCUCGGAUGUAACCGAAUUGAACCAGACAAUGCUCCAAGUCUUCUUCUCGUAUCAUACUAUGGCAGCUUCACUCUCAUCCAUGGAUUUUGAUGAUUCCCGUGGACUGUCAGUUCCCACCUUGUUGAAGAGCGAGGAAUUCAACAACAGAACUGCAGGCCCCCAGAUCCAGAGCCAAUUUGGCAACAAUGCUGAUGGUCAAAUUGUAUUCGCUACACGACAACGACAAGGGAAGAGAGCCGGUGGGGAUAUCAGUGGGGCAAUUGUCAAUCUCCGAGCAGGUGAGGAGCAGAACAUCAAGAUGACUGCUGUCGAUGGAUCUUGGGGUGCGAAGAAUGCGAGCAGAUUCCAGAUCGUGGACAAGGUACUUCUCCCGCCUCUGUCCUGCUCUAAAACGGUUCAAGCCGCCGACGACAAGAGACUCGCAGCAUUGAACGGCGCUCUUAUCAAGGCGGGUUUGUGGCCCGCCCUCGAUGCCUCAAAGAACGUAACAUGCCUUGCGCCGUCUACCCAAGCGUUCAAGGAUGCGGGAAGCCCCGAUGUUGAGCUGUCAAAGGCGGAUCUAGGCGGAGCGCUACUAGCUCAUACCCUCAACGAAGUUACCUACUCCAACUACCUUCGUGACGGGCAAGUCAUUGGAACUCUGAACAAGACCGAAGUUCGAGUUAGCAUUAUAGGUGACGAUAUCUUUUUCAACAACGCCAAGGUUAUCGAAGCGAAUGUGCUCACAAAUAACGGCCUCAUUCAUAUCCUCGAUUCCGUCAUCGAAGCAGGAGGGAAGCCCAGUGAGACCAGCACCGGAACAUCAACUGCUGAGACUGCGAGUGCGACUUCAAGCGGGUCAGAGACAACCUCGAGCUCUGCAACUGUCUCGCCAGACAAGGGAAACUCUGGCAGUCACCUAUCGAUCGGCCGUGGAAUGUUAAGUGUCUUGGUUGCGGCUUAUGCAAUCUUAUAA